AUGUCCCGACCGGGGUCAACGACUCAGCGUCCGCUGUCGACAACAGAAGAACUUGAGAAGCUUGAGCAGUCUAUAACAUUGACUUUGCAAGAGAUCGAUCACAACUUCAGCAAGGCCCAUCGCAUUGUCACAACGAGCAUCCUCCCUCUCGUCGAGCAAUAUGGCGAGCAUUCGAGAGCCGUUUGGGAAGCUUCCAAGUUUUGGAAGCAGUUCUUUGAGGCUUCGGCCAACGUAUCACUGUCAGGCUAUGAAGAACUAGCCAAUGAUGACGAUACCACAGCUGCGGAGGAGACGACCGUUCACGAUGACACAACUGCAGGCUAUACGCCUCGGGCGCACCACGACGACACCACAGCAGGCGCAGACCAGUCGGCAAACUACCAAGGAGAGGGCGAUUCGGUGCUGACAGAUGGCGACGGCGAUCUUACUGGGAGCACGCCUCGACCACCUGCCACCAAGACAAUCAAACCUCAAUUUGCCGAUCUGGACUCUCCAUACGAGAAUCUGAAGCGGCAGCUCGACCAGGACAAUACCACCCAGACAGGAGAACUGCGCGACGAGGACGAGUCUGAACUCCUGGCGCAGCAUACAGCUCGCCUCCCCGACAUGUCCAUGACUCCGAGGUCGUCUCUGGAUCAGGCCGCGCGCGAUUUGCAAGAAUCAACGGCCCGGAAGCACAAGGACCCCCUGCUUCACCGCAUCCUGGACAAGAACUACCGGCUCCAAGCCACGCCACACAAGCCCAUGUCGCAUGGCGUCAGCCCCAUCAAGUGGAAGGUGACGGAGAAGCCCAAAGAUGACAAGGGCAAGGCCAAGGAAAAGGUACCGCUUUGGCAGGAGUCGUCGCCCAUGUCAUCUCCCGAGAUGGAGGCGCCCAAGCUGCGAAGCGAGGCGUUCAUGUCUCCUAUCCGGUCUGCAUAUCGCCAGAAGGUUGCUGCUGUGCCCAGCGGGCCGCGGACGCCCGGCAUCAGCGUGCAGACCCCGGCUACCGGCCGCAAGACAAAAGACAUUUUCGGGCUGGAGCAAGGAAAGGGAAACAGGCAUAAGGACGAGAUCACCUGGGAGAGUGACAGCGAGGAAGAAUCGGGGGAUCUCUACGGUGGGAUGAGCCCGCCAAAGACGAUACAAUUUGCCCUCCCGGCAUCCAAGCUUCUUCAAACACCGGCGAGGGAGGCAAGUAAGCGGAUCGUGGACGAUAUACUCCUGACUGCCGGUGCCGAGCCCGAGGAGUCAUCAGAGUACAGUCCCACCAUGGUCAAGAUGAACCAGGACAUUCUGGAUGACACGUUUUAG